UAUCCUGACAGAGGGAAACAGAUGAAGGAUGUCUGCAUCUGGAUGGCCAAUCACACUUCUGCUGGUUCGCCUCUUUGGCUCAGCUACCUCAUCUCCUGUUUCCAUGUACACACCUGCUCCAACUCUUCCAUCGCAAAUUUCACCUCCCUUGCCGACAAGCUUCCCAUUUCUACCUUCCCCUUCUCUCAGUGUCCCAUCCCACAUCCCUCCCUUCAUCAGCAGCUCUGCAGAGUCAACAGAAAGACUCCACUGCCCUCUGACGAUGUCACCCUCAACUCUGGUGGUCAGGUUUGGAGAUCCAGUCAAAGCUAACUGCUCUAUACCAAGGAUGGGGUUUUCUGCUCUGGGUUGGGAAGUCUCAUCGGAAACUGCUGAGAUCACUGUGGAUCGUUUUAAAGUCUGGAGUGUGAAGAACUUGACCGUCUGGAGCAUCAAUGUAACAUGUUUUGCACUAUCUGAACAUGGAGGCCAAUGCAACCUUGCCCUUCCUGUAAUAAUUUACCAGCCUCCCGACAGAGUGUCCAUCACACUGGUAAAUCACACUGGACCGAUGUUUGAGGGUUAUCAGUACACGCUGCAGUGUACCGUUCAGGACGUUGCACCUGUUGAAAACCUCGUUGUGACCUUCUACAGAGGAGAUACAGCACUGGGUCAAGUUCAGUCCAACAACACCACUGAGAGGACACCAGUGACGGAGAUCUUCACUCUUGGCAUCAUUCCCACUAAAGAAGACAAUGGAGCUCAGUACUGGUGUGAUGCUAAACUGGAACUGGGACCUGAAGGACCACAGCAUCCUCCAGUGGUGACGUCACAAAAACUUAGUGCCACGGUCCUCUUUGGUCCACAGCUCAGUUGUCCUACAAAACUGCAAGUAAGAGAGGGAGAGAGUCUCAAAUGUAAUGUAACUGGAAACCCUGAACCAUCAGUCACCUGGAUCAGAGACGGGCAGGUGAUUGUUCUUCCCAAUCACUCAAGCAGAGCGCAUGCUGGAAAAUACAUAGUGUGGACCGAAGGAUUUCUUGGACAAAAAAAUUUUACAGUCGAGGUGGAGGUCCUUGCUGGCAGUGGAACUGCAAACACCUGUAAUGGACACUUCUUGUUGGCUGUCCUGGUAACUCAGAUGAUUCACUGGCUGUAAAACCUAAAAGAACCUGCUGUGAUCUUCUUUCCAUGCUGUUUGGAUGAACUGCUCCUGUUUGUCAGGGAAGAUUCAUUGCUUUGUAUCACUCGUCUUAAAUGUUAAUGCCUUUGUGCGCAUCAUUUGUGCUCACUGAAAGCAGAUACAGCUCUCUUCUUGAGGACUGCUGCUCAGGUACAUGUUCUUAUACUGUUAUGGUGAAGCCUCUAUGUAACCUGCCUAGAAGGUGAAGUCCACAUCUUUCCAACUGAAAGCUGCUGUAGCAGGAAAACCACAUGUUAGUCUUGUACAGUUUCAUGCUCAUUAACUCAGCCACGGUAGAUUUUCUUCCACGUUAUGUCUGUUUAAUGUCUUUGCUGUGUACAUGUUUUGUUUUUGUUUGCAUUUUUGACACUGCAAAGCAGAAGGUCUUAUUUCUCUGAUUUUAAAAUGCUGAAACAAAACUUGUCCAAUAGCAGUACAUCUUACUUUACACUUGUAUAGCUGUAAACUGUUUGUGCUGUGACAAAAUACGGUUAAAGGGAACAAAAUUGAACAUUAAAAAAUAAAUAGCAAACACGGGUCAAUAAUUACAAUAUCAAACAUGUAAAGACUGGUGAACAUCUGAGUAGAAAAUGCAUUUUAAAUUUGCAAAUGUCCAUUCUGCUGGCUUGAGCUCACAAAGAAACUAAAACACACUCCUUCAGUAGUAGUGAAUAAAUAGUGUCAAUUUUCAA